AUGAAGUUCACACUUUUGCCUCUCCGGCCGUGGCAAAAGCUGGGCAUGGACUUGUGUACAUCGCAAGGGAAACAGUAUUUCGUUGUCACAGACUACUACUCACGUUUCAUUGAACUUGCUUACCUUGAAACAACGACUAGUGCUUUUGUCAUCAAAAACAUUUCCCGAUGGGGAAUUCCGGAAGAUAUAGUAUCCGACAACGGGACUCAAUCUGCUCUCAAUUUGCCUCUGAAGAGUUCAGGGCAUUUUCGGGAAAAAUACCAGUUCAAGCACACGUUCUCUAGUCCGCAUUAUCCGCAAUCAAACGGGGCUGCAAAGUGCGCAGUCAAAAUAGCGAAACGAAUUCUCAAGCAGGGCGAUGUAUUCAUUGCUUUGAUGGCUUAUCGGUCAACACCGAUCGAAGCUACAGGAGUAACUUCUGAUGGGUAG